AUGGACAUACUGAGAGCCCACAAAGCAUGUGCGCUCAAUACAUGGGGAAGGCCUGGUCUCUCCAACCGGACUUUCCUCCCGCCUCACUCCGACUCGACCAAGCUUGGCACCCAGAUUGACUAUGUCAUUGCCAAGGGCCACAUGAUUGACACUGUGGCAAAACAGUCCACGGCAUUCGAUGCACCGUUCGUCCCAACCAGUGGCUGCAGGCAUCGCCCCAUCCUGGUCUCUCUGCCAUCCCCCCAGAGACUCACCAGAGGCCCCAUGCAGUCUCGACUCACAGCGCAUCAGGUGGGCUCUGUGCUCAAGCAGCCGGGGUUCCUCGAACACCUUAAGCAGCACACUCGACAGGCCCAGAGAGACAAGGAGGUUAGUCAGCCCAUUGAUGACCUCUUGCUGCAAGGCUGGCGCAGUGCCAAAGCCGAACAUCCGGGACAAUCAAAUGCAGCCGGAGACCAACCAGGUGACCAGCCGAACCUGGAUCAGCCUCUCACACAGUAUGUCCGGAGCAUGUGGACUGUCAGACACAAACUUAGACAACUUGGACAGGACCUCGGUCGAUGGAGCAGGGGGGGACCAAGUGCUCGAAGCAUUCUACAGGCCUGGUUGCUCACCUCAAAGCUGCAGCGACACACAAGAGAACUCCGGAAGGCCUGCAGAUGGAAAAAGACUCUUCAGGUGGCUGAGGCUGUGAAAGCCUCCAACAUUCAUCAAGCAGCCAAGCGAUUCACGCCUAAGACUCCCAGGAGACGACUACAGCUCCGCGAUGAACAUGGACAUCUACAAACCCACGAGGCGGAAUUUGCGCAGAUCACAGAAUACUUCCAGUUGCUCUAUGAUGGCCCCUCUCUUUCCCAAAACCCCACACUCACCGAGGAUCUCAACAUCACGGCAGAGGAGAUCAUGCAUGCCAUGGCCCGUCUGAAACCCAACAAAGCCGUCCCAUCAGUGAGUGCCCCGGCAGCCUUAUGGAAACAGCUGAGCCAGGUCACGGUCCCCAUUCUGGUGGCACAGUUUGCGCAGGCCUUCAGGAAGGGAGCCACGAAAGUGCCGGAAGCUUGGAGCAUCAGCGAACUGAUUCUCCUCCCGAAGCCGAACAAGUCUCUUCGCACCCCAGCACACCUCAGGCCAAUAUGCCUGCUACCGCUGCAAGCCAAGAUCACGGCAUCCACUCUGGCCCGACGCCUACUCCCGUUCGUGAGUGAGUACCUACGUGAUCAACCCCAGUUCGCUUAUGUACCAGAUCGAACUUUGGCACAAGCGCUGGAAAGGGCCCUGCUGAUGGCCCUGAGAGAAGCCCUGGUCCCAGAGAAUCUUGUCCAAGCCGUCCUUCUGAUCCACGAGGAAGCGAAGCUGAAGGUAGCCCACUGUGGGCAGGAAAAGCUCAUCUCUCUGAGGCGCGGCUUGCGUCAAGGAUGCAGCUUAUCACCUAUGCUGUGGUCCUUGUACACAGGAUGGUUGUUUCGGAAGAUGCACCAGCCAGAAGUACUGUCCAUCACCGAGCAUGGGACGAGCUAUGCUGAUGAUAAACACUUCUCAUGGGUAGUUAGAAGUGGCAGAGACCUUGAAAAGGCUUACGCGGCGAUCAAGCAUAUCCUGACCUCUCUUCAGGAACUUGGCCUCAGCAUCAGCACAGAGAAAACGGUGAUCCUCCUAGAGCUCAAAGGACCACAGGCCGCCAAAGCUAUGGCUCGCUACACGGUGAUGACUCAGGUGGGGCGAUGCAUGCGAUUCAACAUUGCAGCCAAAGAAGUGUACAUCAAGUUAGCAGCCAAGCAUGUCUACCUUGGAGCAGUGAUUAGCUACAAAUCGUUCGAGCAUGAGACCUUCCAACACAGGUCGCGCUUAGCCAAAGGCACGUUCACAAGGCUGGGGACCGUGCUAAAGAAUCGCUCAGUCCCAGUUCGUCUUCGACUACAGCUAUGGCGAGGCUGCGUCUGGCCCACCUGGUUGCAUGGACUGGACAGUGUGGGCCUCAGCGUCAGAGACCGCCAAACACUGCACACCCAGCUCCUGAUCCAAGCCAGAACCAUUGCAAACUCGUUCAGCAUGAUCACGAGGGAGUCCAACCUCAAAUUCCUGCAGCGGCACCAUCUACCAGAUCCGGUAAGGCGCCUACAAACCUCAGUCACGCUUCGGUCGAACUUGGACAUAAAACUGGGGCCGAGACUGAGGCCCACGAGUGAGCUGGUGGGCUGGCGACAAGUAGUUCAGCAACAGUUGCUGGAUCCAGAAGCUAACACAUGGAGUCAAGCUACCCCUGCCCGUAAUCAUGGUCUCUGCUACCUGGGAGAGUCCACUCAGCCCAGCUUUGAUUGUGACAUCUGUGGCCAGUCGUUCGGCACCCAAGCAGCUCUACGAAGCCACGUGUUUCGCAUGCAUCUGGAUCAGCAAUCUAAGACUGAACGGGUUGAAGUGGUGAAGCAAGCCCGAAACAUCCCCUCCAUGGAACAUGCCAAAGAUGGACUACCACAAUGCCGUCAUUGUCUGCACUCCUUCACCACGUGGCAUGCCUUUUUCUACCAUGUGCAGGCGCAAGGAUGUCCUGGCUUACGACAGUUCCUUAACCAAGCCGAAAUAGAUCCCACUCUACUACCGACUCUCAGCGAGGCGCUCAUUGACAGUCCGACUGUGUUGGAGGCUGCUAAGAAUAGCAAUUGGCAGGACCUUGCCCGCCUAGAUUGUGUUCGGAACAGACUGCAUACUGCGUUGAGUGCAAUCACUGGAGUGCCAAACAACAGUAUGUUCGCAGACACAUGCUAG